UGUUCGUUGACCCCGUCUGACCCAGACUGGGUUUCCGGUGUGUGUGUGAUGUUGGAGGAGUUGUGAACCAGUUGCAUGGUUGUGUGUCCGCGGAGGAAACGACCUCACCUGUGUGUUUCUAACGUGUUUCUUCGUCUGAGCUCCGGAGCGCACGAAGACGUUCGAUGUGACUGUGGCACCCGUCGACCAUGAGUAACAGUCACCCCCUGCGACCGCUUGCCUCUGUGUCGGAGAUCGACCACAUCCACCUGCUGUCGGAGCAGCUGGGCGCCCUGGUGCUCGGUGAGGAGUACAGUGAUGUUACCUUCAUCGUGGAGGGGAAGCGCUUCCCGGCGCACCGGGUCAUCCUGGCAGCUCGAUGUCACUACUUCAGGGCCCUGCUGUAUGGUGGGAUGAAGGAGUCCCAGCCCCAGGCGGAGGUGUGUCUGGAGGAGACCCGGGCCGAAGCCUUCUCAAUGCUGCUACACUACCUGUACACGGGACGGGCCAGCCUCAGCACCACUCGAGAAGAGGUGGUGCUGGACUUCCUGGGCUUGGCUCACCGCUACGGCCUGCAGCCGCUGGAGGACUCCACCUCUGAGUUCCUCCGCACCGUCCUGCACACCAACAACGUCUGCCUGGUGUUUGACGUAGCCAGUCUCUACUCUCUGAGCGCGCUCAGUGCAGCCUGCUGUGCCUACAUGGACAGACACGCACCUGAAGUGUUGAACUCUGAUGGUUUCCUCACGCUCUCGAAGACGGCUCUUCUGACUGUGGUCAGCCGAGACUCAUUUGCUGCCAGCGAGAAGGAGAUCUUUCUGGCCUUGAGCCGUUGGAGUCGGCACCACGGGGAGGGAGCUGACACACAUGAGGUGAUGUCGGCGGUGCGGCUGCCACUCAUGACCCUGACGGAGAUGCUGAACGUGGUGCGGCCGUCCGGCCUUCUGAGCCCAGAUGACCUGCUGGAUGCCAUUAAGACCCGAUCCGAGAGCCGCAACAUGGACCUCAACUAUCGGGGAAUGCUUAUACCAGAGGAGAACAUCGCCACCAUGAAGUACGGAGCUCAGGUGGUGAAAGGGGAGCUGAAGUCAGCUCUGCUGGACGGAGACACCCAGAACUACGACCUCGACCAUGGCUUCUCCAGACAUCCUAUUGAGGAGGACGGCAGGGCGGGGAUCCAGGUCAAACUGGGACAAUCGUUCAUUAUCAACCACAUACGCCUCCUGCUGUGGGACAGAGAUAGCCGGUCGUACUCCUACUACAUCGAGGUGUCAAUGGAUGAGCUGGACUGGGUGCGUGUUGUAGACCAUUCCAAGGUCCUCUGCCGCUCUUGGCAGAAUCUGUACUUCACACCACAAGUUUGCAGGUACGUUCGCAUUGUGGGAACACACAACACGGUCAACAAGGUCUUCCACCUCGUGGCUUUUGAAUGCAUGUUCACCAACCACUCAUUUACCCUGGAGGACGGACUUGUGGUGCCCAGCGAGAAUGUGGCAACCAUCGCCUCCUGUGCCAGUGUCAUCGAGGGUGUGAGCCGUAGCAGAAAUGCCUUGCUCAACGGAGACACGCGCAACUACGACUGGGAUUCUGGAUACACCUGCCAUCAGCUGGGCUCUGGAGCCAUCGUCAUCCAGCUGGCUCAGCCCUUCUCCAUCGGAUCCUUAAGGCUGCUGCUUUGGGACUGUGACGAGCGCUCCUACAGUUACUACGUCGAAGUCUCCACCAACCAGCAGCAGUGGACGAAGGUGUUGGACCGCACCAGGGUGGCGUGUCGAUCAUGGCAGACCUUGACGUUUGAUAAGCAGCCGGCUUCCUUCAUCCGUAUUGUUGGGACUCAUAAUACUGCGAAUGAGGUGUUCCACUGUGUUCACUUUGAGUGUCCGGCCCAGCUCGACACAGAGGUCAAUGAAGGAAGUCCUGGCCUGAAUUCGUCUGACUCUGACGCUGCCUCCCAGCAGCCACGACCCCAGCGACCUUCACGCACACACAGCCUGCUGCCCUCCCAGCCCUCCCAGCCCUCCUCCACCCCAUCGUCGUCCUCACAGUCCCAUCUCUGAGAGCGCCCUCGCCCCCUCGCUGGAGGGUGCUGAGAGGAAGGGAGACCUCAGAAUGCCAUUUUGCACAGCGUUCAUCAUCCAGACUGCACUGCUACAACGCUAAUUAAGGCGAUCGUCUCAUUGUCAUAACCUGUGGUCCCUCUGUCAUAAGUGCAACAUUAGACACUGGUAUAUCUGUAGCAGAAGCGUUUAGGGCUCCAGUCUUCCUCUUAGUUCUGAAACUGAAAGUCAGAUAUUUCAUCCACUGGCCCGUGCAUUUUUGUGAAGGUACUUUUUCAGCUACUAGAACUCAAGUUUUCUCCCGUCAAAAUCAACUGUAAACUUCACUUCUCCAAAGAUGAGGCACACACUGAGAUGUGGUAGUACUGUACCGCCAAAGAACAGUAAGACCAGGAGGGGAAGAGCGUUGUUAUCUGAAUUUUACGAGUUAGUAUUUCCAAAAGAAAUGGAUUUUAUCCUUAAACAAGCUAUUUUUUUAAGGAACUGUCUUAAAAUGAUUCUACUCACUUUUCAUACCAUCAAGCUAACCGAGUAGACGUCAAGUAUUUUUCAAACUGUGGAGUUAAAUCUCUGAAAGGUUUGCCAAAGCUGCCGAGCUAAUGCUUUCUGUGGCAUUUGUAUGCAAAUAGCACUUAAUCCAAUUAUGCAUUUGCAUAUUAAGUAAUGGCUGUUUUAGUAUUUGUCGACGGGCUUUCACACCUCAAACCAAAACCUGUGGUCCUCAUCUGGUGUUGAGUUUUUUUUCUUAGUUGAAAUUCAUACCUCAAGAAAAAACCUUGCUAAAAUUUCAAGUUGAUUUAAUUAAGUGUCUUAAUGAAACAUUUUAAGCACUUGAGUGGCUUAGCACAGAUGAUUGGGGAAAUCAAUUAGGUCAAUGAAUAUUGGCACUGACAGGCUCGGACCAAAUUACAUAUAUGCACUAGAGCUGCCUGGAAGAAGGUUCAUAUACAGAAGAUGCACGAGCAGCUGUCGUCGGCACUUUACUUUACUCAAGUAUACAGAAAUAAAGUUUGCGGCUUGGGUCCCCUGACUGAAGUACAGUUGUGGAGUGCUGGGUUUGGUUUCUUUCUAUUUUAUGUUAAGUUAAUUUGAACACGUCCUCGCUCAUGGAAGUGUCUGUUUAUGUGUUUUUAAAUUAAGCUAUCAGUGCCGUGGUUUCCUUUGUGUCCUGAUGUUGCACUUUUGAGUUGUCUCCUGUGUUUGAAUCCUUUUUGUUUGAUGUUAGAUUAUCUGAAAUAGCUAUCUACAGUGGGUGACACACUGAUGUUUCUA